UCCUCCGCCGCCCCCCACGUGUCCGCCUGGCCCAAGAGGCCACUGUCACCAUUGUGGGGGCAAUGCCGGCGCGGCCUCUCGCCCUGCGUGGCGGCGAGGGUUUAAACUCCACCCGCUCCUCUCUGUCUCUCGCUGUCUCUCGCUGUCUCUCUACUACGUCGGUGUAGGUCGAUGAUGAGUGUGGUUGUGUACGUGGCUCCUCGAGCGAGACUUGCCCGCGUGUUGCCGCGUUCGUUUCUCGGCGCCGUCCCGAUGCGCCGCCGCCGCCGCCGCUGCUGCUGCUACUGCUGCUCCUCCUCUCUCGACUUUUUUCUGCGUCUUAUUUUCUGCUUCCGUGUUUCCGUGCGUUUCUUUCAACGCGCGUCUGUGUGGCUUACACCUCGUGAGUGUGCCCCUGUGUGUGUGCGCGCCUCGCUGUCGCGCCGUGUCUCUCUGUAUACCUGCGUGUGUGACUGCUUGUCUCUGCGUUCCGCCGUGUUUUAAUGCCUUUCCCUCCGCAUUGCCAUGUGCGUGUGACGUUGUCAAUGUCCAGCCUGUUUUUGUUUCAAUCUGCGCGCGCGUGACACUGACUGACUGACUGCGUGCUGCUGCGUUGACACUGUUGUUGUUGUUGUGGUUGUUGUUGUUGUUCUCUGUCUCUUCUCGUGCCUCUUAGCGGUUGGACCGCGUCGGCACGGACGCGGCGGCGGCGGCGGGAGGAGGAGGAGGAGGCGGACACGACAGCUGCGCUGGCGGCGCAGGCUGCGCUGGUGGUGGCGGUGGCGUCUGGACGGGGCCCGCGCUUGGCUUAUUGGGCCCGAGCGCGAUGAAGGAGAUGGUCGGCGGUUGCUGUGUGUGCUCUGACGAGCGAGGCUGGGCUGAGAACCCGCUCGUGUAUUGCGAUGGACACGGCUGCAGCGUGGCCGUGCAUCAAGCUUGUUACGGGAUAGUGCAUGUCCCCACGGGGCCGUGGUUCUGCCGAAAGUGUGAGUCGCAGGAGCGAGCAGCGCGAGUGAGAUGUGAGCUUUGUCCACAUAAGGAUGGAGCAUUGAAGAGGACGGAUAACGGAGGCUGGGCACACGUGGUGUGUGCGCUAUAUAUUCCUGAGGUUCAGUUUGCCAAUGUGUCCACCAUGGAGCCCAUAGUACUCCAGUACGUGCCUCACGAUCGCUACAAUAAGACGUGCUACCUGUGCGAAGAGCAAGGGCGCGAGAGCAAGGCGGCCACGGGCGCCUGCAUGACCUGCAACAAGCAUGGGUGCCGGCAGGCUUUUCAUGUCACAUGCGCGCAGAUGGCCGGCCUGCUGUGCGAGGAGGAGGGAGUGGGGGCCGACAAUGUCAAGUACUGUGGCUACUGCAAGUACCACUACAGCAAGAUGAAGGGGCGCCCGGCUGGACGGAGUGCGUUUGAUGCCGGGCUCGGCGAGGCUGCGUCGCACUCUCAGGAAAAACACGAGCGCGACAAGAAGGGAGGCACGUUGGGUCAAUCCGGAUCCCAGCCCGGCUCAUUACCCGUUCCGUGUUUGCAGAAGAAUCGAGAGAAGGAAAAGCAAAAGAGGCAUAAACGAGUGGGGGAGCCGAGCCCCCUACUGCCUUCCCUCACCGUCACCACUGAGAAGACGUACACCAGCCCGAGUGGCGCCUUCCUGAACGCGUCGCUCAAGCGCCUAGACGACCCGACUUCUCGAUUCACCCAUGCCAACUUCAAGGAGGUGCCGGUGCACUCUGGCACCGGCAGUGAGGGCUCCGAGGGCAAAGGUCAGGAUGGCAAGAAGAAGAAACUGCCCCAUGGCUCGGGGCAGAAGGGAAAGAAAGGCGGCAGUGGCGCCGUCAAGUCGGUAAGCCUCGUGCAGUCAGCCCAGGAGCUGCUGGGCUACGUGGACCUCAACACGCACAAGGACGGUUACGCGCCGGCGAGCGGCCUCAAAGGAUCCGGCCAGGGCUCCGGCGCCACUCGCGAUGGCCCCAAGGCCAUGGAUGGUGCCUGCCAGGACCCCGCGGCGGUCCAGAGCAAGGCCGCGCUCGGCGGCUCGGCCGCUCCGCCUCCGCCGCCGCCACUGCCUCCGCCGCCCCCGUCGUUGUGCGCGCCGGCCCCCACCGCAUCGCCACCGAGGCUCUACGAGAAGGCCUACGAGCACUCGUCGCCCCCCAAACUAUACGAGAAGGCCUACGAGGAGUACGUCAUGAGUGGCUUCAGCACCGUGGCUGGGAAGCGUUCGCACCCCUGCUCGUCCGGAAAAGACGAGUCGGGCCCCGGCUGGGAGAACAAGCGCAAGGCGAGCAAGAAGGCCAAGCCUUCGGUGGGCCUCGCCAGGGCCGCAGCCGCGUCGGUCGGUGGGCCCGGGGGGGCGCCACCACCCGCCGCCGCCGCCGCCGCCUCGUCGAUCGCCAGUGCCGCGACGUGCCCCGGAGGCGGCGCCGUUAGCGGAGGUGCGGCGGGGCCCCCCGCGCUGGACGGGCUGGCGACAGGUGGUGGAGUAGGAGGUGGCGGCGGUGGCGGGGGAGGAAGGGCUGGCGGCGCAGGGCGGCCCGACGCCUUGCCCACGUCCUCGCGCCUAUCGAGCUCCUCCAACUCUUCGUCGGCGUCCUCGGUGGCGUCGUCGACGAGCAGCGCUUGCGGUUCGAGCGCCAAGUCGCCGUCGUCGCAGCGCAACGGCAGCUUCCACAGCAUGAGGGCAGCGAGCGCCUCCCCUCCCGGCUCGUGUUCGCACAGCCCGCCUCCGCCUGGUCUGCCUGCCUCGGGUGGUUUCCUGAGUGGGGACGCACCACCGUCCCUGCAGAGCUCAGGGGGGCCCUCUCCUCUGUUUCCGUCGGCGCUGGCCCAGCCGCACCUACCCACGCUGCCCCCAUUGCAGUUUUCCUCGCCCGCUUUCCCACCAACGCUCUCCACACAGAGUGGAGGGUGUCUGCGGUCUCCCCAUGGUCUGGCACCGGCUCAUCUGUACGGGAGUCCCCUCAGUACGGCCACCAACGUGGCCGCCCUGCCCACCAUUACACCCGCCGCCGAAACAAGCGCCCUGGACGACAAGGCAGUGGACAGCUCUGACUCGAGGCUACAUAAAAAGAGCGUCGCGUCGCACAACAGCGCCCCAUCUUUUCUGCAGACGUCCGACAUGCAAGUGCGCUUCGACGCCGCUCCGAGCGCUCCCUCCGGGCGCUACGAUGUCCCGCAGCCUGGCCUGUCCGUGCGCUACGAGCCGGGCCACCUGGGGCCCGGGAUGGGCCGCUUCGACCAGGCCCUGGGAAACACGCCGAACCGCUUUGACCUGGGCCAGGCAGGCAUGGGCAUGGGCCCUGGCCCUGCCGGGCUGGAGGCUGCCCAGCAACCAACACCCACCAGCAUCGAGCAGCUCUUGGAGCGGCAGCUGAACGAGGGGCAACACUUCCUGAUUGAGCAAGCCGCUCCGCCUGAUGUCAUAGGCUACUUGCGGGGCCUGCACCGGCUGCAGACGGAGAACCGUCGUCUCGAGGAGCAGAUCCGCAUGCUGACGGCGCGACGCGAACGCCUCAUGCUGCUCAGCAGCCAGCUCGCUCUGCCGCUGGGGCACGCUGAUCAGCAGUGCAGCAGGAAGACUCCGCCGGGUGGUGCCGGGUUUCACAUGGACGGGUCGCUCACCAUGUCUGCCGCUGAGUCGGGCUCGGGCACCCCUCUGUCCGUACCAAGCAGCUCCCCUCUCCUCCCGGGCGCCUCCCUCACCCCGGCCGGAGUGGCCGGCGUUCUGCACCAGCAGCAGCAGCACUCACUGCCUGUCGCCUCCGGCAUGCUCGGCAUGCAACAGCAGCAGCAGAAAGGAGCAGCCAUGCCCACCCUGACGCCAGCUCAAGGGGCGGCGUGCGUGCCCACGGGAAUGCUCGUGCACCCUCAGGGCCCUGGCAGCAGCAACUCCAUACCAAGUCUGGUUGUACAGCAGUCGCCACAGCAGCAGCAGCAACAACAGAGCCUGGGGAUGCAGCAGUCGCUCAGCUUGCAGCAGCAUAACACCGUUGGAAUGCCGUCGAUGAGCGUGCAGCAGCAGCAGCAGCAGCAUCAGGGCGCCGGACUGACGGGUGUGCAGCAGCAGGUGGCAGCUGGUGUCGGCGCGAUGCAAGGCGGCGCCGGCAGGAUGUUAAGCGGCCUCCCCGGCAGCCAAAUCUCAAUCAAUGGACUCGUGGGGGCACUCAACAGCGUCGUGCAGACGCCAGCGGCAGCGCCCAUGGGGCAAAACUCGAGCCCCAACCACCCCACGCUGGGCCUUUCGAUGCCCAGCAGCCUCGGCAACAGCAUCUCUGGGCUCGCCCUGCUGCAAGACCAGCAGCGCCAGAUUUUGAUGCACCAACAGCAAUCCUUCCACCAACUCCUGGGAGACCAGCUCUUCACACAGGAUCCUCAGCAACUGAUGUACCACCUCAUGCAGCAGCAGCACCAGCAGCAACAGCACCAGCAGCAACAGCAGCACCAGCAGCAGCACCAGCAGCAGGGCCCCAGCAACGCCGCCUCUCACGAGCAGCACCUGGCGGGGGGCCCAUCGUGCACGCUGCCCCCCCUGGGCGGCACCCCUGUGCCCGUCUCUGCUCCUGGCCAGGCAAACCCCUUCCUGAGUCUUCAUUCUGACCAGGCUGCUCUGAAGAAGCGCAGCGAGAGAGGCACCCCCGGCAGCGGCGAUGGAAGCUGAAGGGUCGUCUCCGCAGGGCCGGAUCUGCGGAGUUUGCGCAGGGCAGCUAGCGUGAGCAGUGCAGGGGGUUGAGGAGAAGAGGAAGAAGACGGGGCAGGGGUGGGGGAUGUCAUGCUAUGCUGGCAUGGAGAUGGCAGCGGUGACGGCUUGCCCUCGUCGCACGGCCGUUGAGAUCACCGAUUACUUGAGCUGAGCCCAGAGAAACUGAACUCACUUGGGGGAGCACACGGAGAGGCAUCGACAAGACACCAAAAAUGUACCUACCUCCUCUGGCAUGGUCUCGGCAACGGCUGCUCUGCACGCCUGCCGCUCCACUUUCUCACUGCUCUUAUGGUGCGUGAGGAUGAGUGGGAGGCAAGCUUUUGAGUGGUAUUAUAUAUAUUUUUUACAAUUCCCAGAAUGUAUAAAUAUUUAGCGAGUGGCCCAC